AUGAAGUUCUUCCCCACCAUUCUUGAUUCCCUCAACAACCAUGCUGUGGAGACUCCUGACAAGGUAGUUUACACCUGGGUCGACAUCAACUGCAAGGAGCAAGGAACAAUGACGUUCAAGCAACUGGAGGACCAAUCCAAUGCUGUGGCGGCUCGACUCCUCAAACUGGGAUGCAAAAAAGGAGAUCGUGUCAUGGUGGCAUAUCCGUUUGGCCUUGAGUUUUUAGCUGGCAUGUUCGGUGCCAUGAAGACGGGAGUCAUCCCUUGCUCCAUCUAUCCACCCAAUCCCAACCAGCUCAAGACAGACAUGCCCAAAUUCCGUGGUUUUGUAGAAGAUGCGGGAGCCAAGUAUGCUCUCUCUUCUGCUGCUUUUGCCACUGCCAUGACUGCAGCCAGUGUCCUCUUCAAGACAGGCGUCACUUGGAUUGGGACCGACAAGCUAACAAUCAAGAAACAUAAACCCAACAAGCCCAAAGAUUUUGAGACCUACAAGGGGGAGCCUGAGGAUGUGUGUUUUAUUCAAUAUACCUCUGGCAGUACUGGACGACCCAAAGGAGUCAUGAUCAGCCACCGAAAUUUAGCAGAAAAUUGCAUGGCUCUUGUGAAAAUGACAGAUGUAACUCCGUCAUCCGUGGCAGCCUUGUGGGUGCCUCAAUACCAUGACAUGGGCCUUGUGGCGGGAUUCAUGUCUUGUCUCUAUGAUGGCUUCCACCUUGUGCUGGCAUCACCCCUGGAGUUUGUUUCAAGACCUCUGCUGUGGACAGACAUGAUAGAGCACUACCAGGCAACACAUACCUGUGCCCCAAACUUUGCCUAUGCCUUGCUCCUGAAACGUUUGGAGCAAGCCAAUCGAACUUCCAACUGGAGUUGCGUGAAGCGAGCCAUGUUUGGCGGGGAACCUGCCCAGAGCCAUGUUGUGGAAGCAGCAGCAAAGACCCUCUCCAUCAAACCAGAGCAUGUAUACAACAUCUAUGGACUUGCUGAAUCUGUCGUGUUCCUCACUGGUGGCUCUGCAUACCCCGACUCUGAGGGGCUUGUCUGCUGCGGUGCUGUUGACUCUCCAACCAUCAAGCUUCGAAUCGUUGAGGAUGGCAAGGAACUUGAGAAUAGACAGGUUGGAUGCAUCUGGGCCCAGUCACCCCGUGUGGCUGCUGGUUACUAUGGAAAAUCUGAGCUUACUACAUCCACCUUUGCAAAUGUCUUACCAGGCUAUGAUGGGACCUGGCUUGACACUGGUGACUUGGGCAAGAUUGUGGAUGGACAGCUUUAUGUCACUGGGAGAGUCAAAGACGUCAUCAUUAUCAAUGGCAAGAACUACUAUCCAACUGAUGUAGAGCUUUCUAUUGAUGGUCUCUUUGGUGACGCUAUCCGUCCAGGCAGGACGACUGCCUUCCAGCAUGGGGAAGACAGUGUUGGUAUCACAGUGGAGAGCCGCAAGGACUUCGACAAGUCGGCAAACGGAGAUUUGGCGGUGCAGAUAGCCAAUCAUGUAUCUCAGGUGCAUGGACUUCUUGUCUCCGAUGUUCUUGUUCUGAAGUUGGGUGUAACACCAAAGACCACCUCUGGCAAGCUUAAGAGGAAUGAAGUCAGGCUGAAAACAGUUGGUGGUGAUUGGAAGGCAUCUGAAGUGCUCCUAAGAUCCCAACAACAGAAUAUGCCAUCACCGAAUGGAUCAUGUUUCAAGAAGAGCUCUUUCCUUGAGCAUGGCUUUUCAACGAGCGGGGUUACAAGCAGCGAGUUCUAUUUGUCAGAAGAAACUCGCCAUGAAAUCAGGAUAAGAUCGGCGGCACUACCGUUUGGAUGUGUUGAGCUUCCUGAUAUUGACUUUGGCCAAACAAAUACACUUCCCAGCAAAGCUGUUGAAGCUGUCCAUGCUGUAGAGUGCAACCCCAGCAAGUUGGAUGAGUAUUUCUCAGAGCUGCAUCUUGAUGAAAUCCCUGGGAUUUGUGAGGCUUGGUCCAAAGCUGUUAAAACAACAGAAGCAAUGACGACCAUGUGUUGUCAAAUUUUGAAACACCUUGAGGACAAGCAACCCACAAUCUGCCAGCUUGCUCACACCCUUAGUGAAAAUUCUGAUUGGAUUUUGAUUGAGGACAGGACCGGUUUUCUUUUUCAGCUUGUGCACCAAGUAUUUGUGCUUCAAUGGGUGACAACCUUCAUGAUGAAUCUUCCUGAGUGCAUGCAACAAAAGUUGCAGAAUGAUGCAGAAUGGGAAAGCACGAGCCAGAGUAUUCUAACAGUUCCAGUGGAGCUACAAGAUGUGCUUGGCCUACCGGAGAAAGACCCAAUGCAUGGAACGUGGCCAUUCUUCACGUGGAUAAAAAACAGGUCAGUUCGUACUUUUUUGAAGCUGAUUCAAAAGGCUUUGGAAUCCCCUGGUGAGCCUGCUAUCAACACACAAGUUGAGAGAUUCAACAACGUUUUGAACAUAAAUUUGUUGGAGGCUGUUUGGCUUGAACAGAGGAACGGUUUGUACUUGGUUUCUCAGGCCAUUGGAAGGAAGAUAAUGUCUCCAAACUAUUACACCAAGUCAAUCUUGUCAAAAAGAGCACUCCAAGUUUUUGGAAAGUUCAACCUCUCCUGGGCUCAAAAGAUUGGAAACACCCACCCACCACCAAAAGGAGAAAAAGGAAUGAAACUCAAUGAAGAAGAUUGGCUCUCCCUGUUUGACCAAUGGGGAAGAGAAAAACCAAAAAUCCAGGCAAUCAACCAAAGCUCAGGUAUAAAGGCUUCUCUAGGUAGUGCUGCAGCUACAACCGAUGACUUCUCCAUCAGAUAUGCCAACACCAUCACAUCUGUUUUUGGAUCAUCAGUCGAUGGAUCCAAGACUUGGGCAGAGCAUGGUUUGACAUCGCUCAGAAGUGCAGAACUCAGAAACAAGGUGGAGGAAGAAUUGCAUGUGGUUCUUCUAGCAAACUUUGUAUUGAUCCAUGACACUCCAGAUUUACUUGAAGUCUUUUUGAUCCAAACAGCAGGACAGAGGUUUCCAAAAAGCUCAGCUAUAGACCAUGACAUAUAUCAAUGGAAUCUCCCAAGAUCAAGGUGUACCAAGCUACAGCUUGGCUUGAUGCAGAGCUUUGCUUUAGUGGUCUUGGUUGUCUUGGUUUUGGUUUCAGCUGUUCCUUCCUUUUUGUUUGGAGCAUGGGCCAUUGAGUAUGGCAAACCAUCCAAUGAGGAAGGGAACCCUAGCCUUGGAUUGAGCUUAUGUUUGCUGCCCCUUGCUUUUCCACUUUUUCUUGUCACUUUCUCAGUCCUUGUUGUGAUGUGUAAGCUUGCCAUUGUUGGCAAAUACCAUCCGCACAAAUUUGAGCUUUUGACUUGGGAUUACUUGCGAUGGUGGUUCAUUGACAGGCUUCUGCACAUGUGGGAAGUGUUGGUUGGAAAGUUUGUCAUUGCGACAAAGUUCAUUUGGUUCUUCUACUGGCUUUUAGGAGCAGAACUGGCCUGGUCAACGACUAUUGAUUCAUUCAUGCGGGAGUUUGAUCUCAUCAAGAUUGGCCAACACUCCUCUCUUAAACACCCUCUUCACUGUCGCAGAUUUCAUCCCGCGGGAUGUGAUGCCAAGAGCCCUAGCAUGUCUCUUCAACCAAUCAUUAUUGGAAAGAACUGCAAUAUCUCUGGAAUGGUCAGUCCUGGUGCAAUGAUUGGAGAUGGCUGCAAGGUAGAGAAACUGAGUUUUGUUGAAGAGAAUGUCAUGGUUCCUGAUGGAGUUAUUGCAAGAGGAAUCCCUGCAUACAACUCUGGCACCUACCAACAACCCAAAACAGUCUGGUGGGAAGAAUGCAUCCUGGGUGUCUUCAAAAUGUUUUUGACCUUGGUGGAAGCUUAUCAAUUCUUCAUUCUGUCAUUUUUGGUGCAUGGAUUUCUCAACGAGAUCUUACCCUCCUGGCACUAUAACGCCCUUCUGCACUGGUUCCUCCUUUUCCCCAUGGCUUCACUUCUUGCCAUGGCCACCAGCAUUAUUCUCAAGUGGGUUUUGAUUGGAAAGAGAGAUCCUUCAGAACAGUACAAUAGAUCAGUGUGGCACAGCGUGGCCAAUUGGGCCUGUUACUUCCACUUCAAGCUUGCGUCAUGGCCCCUUUUCCCCUUCUUGGGGGAUUCCCGUUUGUGGAAUGUGAUCAUAUUCCUUCAUGGUCUUGAUGUUGACAUGACAUCAACCUUAAACAUCAACCCAUACACCAUCUUUGUCCCUUCCAAGGUUGAUUUUGUAAAAGUCCAAGGCUCCUUUGUUGGGACUUUUUCCAUUGAUCUUGAGAGCCAUGUGCAGGGAUCCCAAAUAAUUGAGAUCAUUGGUAGCAGCAUAGGCUACAAUGCCCAUCUUACUGCUGGCAUCAAGGUUGUGAGAUCCGCUAUACCACCACGUUCACAGCUAUCAGAUUCUGUUUAUGAUUUGAAUCAUGCCAAAGGAAAAGAUUUUGUCAAGAAGAGUGUCCUGAUCAUGGUUGCACAGGAAACAGCCCAGGUAAUUCUGAAUGUUCUUAUCUUUCUCAGUCUGGUACCAGCCUUUGAGCUUGGCUUGGCCGUUGUGACAAGUCCAUCGAUGGUUGUGGCAGGGUUGGGUGUUGUAGUGGCCAUCUUCCUACAGUUCUUCCUAUGGGUGCUUCUUAGCAAGUCAGUCUAUUCGGUGACCUUUCUUGAUGUCACCAAACCACUCCUCGAUUUUACUUUUGGGGUGUAUCUGAACCAUGCCUGGAUCUUCUCUUCAUUGAACUGGCUUGUGAUCCUUCUCUUUGGUACCCCCAUGUUUGGCUAUUAUGCUCAAUUCAUGGGAGCUGAGGUUGAUGGUGAUCUCUGGUACUUUGGCAGUUCACUUUAUGAGUAUGGCUGUUUGCAUUUCAAAGGCACUGUCAUUGUGGAUAGUGCUCAUGUAACAGGCCACUAUGUUGAUGGCAAUGGGCUAACUAUUGAUGACACAUUUGUAACUGGACUGUUGCACCCAGGUUGCUAUGCUCCAGCAGGGUCACUGGUUUCUGGAGUAGAGAAUGGUCCUUGGAAGGUUUUCCAGCGAAUUGUUGACAUUGACCACGCAGACUUUACAGUGGAAAGCAUUGAUGCUGCUGUGUAG